AUGCGUUGCAUUCAUAUUUCGUCCCCCAUGCGGAUAUACCUCUACAUGGGAAUGCUUACCAUGGCAGCACAGCUAUGCAUGGCCGCUCACCCCGGCCAGGCGGGAACAAACUCUUACUGUAAUACAGAAGAUGACGGACGCAAGAGGAGAGGACCUAGAUGCACAGCUGAAGCCAGUGAUCAGUGCAUCGAUCAAUAUUGCCAAGACCAGUGUAACAACGAUAGGUCUGUCCAUAGAUACAAUCUCCCGACGCCUGGAGAACCCCUGCAAUGCGACUGUUAUUCUAGUAUUGGCACGCCCCGUCCACAACUGUUUGGAACCACAACCCAGCCGCGAAGGAGGUAUACGAAGCUCGAGAGAUUUGAGACUUGA